UUCAAAUCUCCCAAAAUUCUGAAAUAUUAAAAUCCCAGCAAAUCUCCUAAAAUAUCAAAUUCAAUACACCCCCUAAAUUUGAUACUUUUGAUUUAUCGAUGACUUUUACAAUCCAUCCACGGUCCUAUUUUCAACUUCGAUAAAGUUUAGGAACAAUUUUGAAAAAAUGAUGAAAAACAAUUAUUGUUUCUCCUACACUGUUUCUUUUAAAAAAUAAAUAAAUAAACCGGAAAUUGGCUCGUAACAGUUGGCUAAUGAGAUAAAUAAAGAGACAAUUGAGAAAAUAAAAAAAUAAACCGGAAAUUACGAUUUGUGGUUUUUUUAAGGUUUGAGAGAGUGAGAGAGUACCUAAGGGUAGUAGGACUACAGAUUUUUCCCUCUUUUUGAAUUUCAAAAGUUCCCAAACACACAGUUUCUCUCUCUCUCUCUCUCUCUACAUACAUCGAUCCCACCGAUCUCUCUUCGUUAGCCGCCGAAGACCACCUCCACUUCCUCCGCCGGAGUCGCCAGUUCUACCAUCUCUGUUCCGUCACCACUUCGCUUAUUCCACGCAUCUUUCUUCGUGAGCCACGAUGGGUGUCGAGGAUUAUCAUGUGAUUGAGCUCGUCGGUGAAGGCUCUUUUGGAAGGGUUUACAAAGGAAGACGGAAGUAUACCGGCCAGACGGUGGCGAUGAAGUUCAUCAUGAAACAAGGAAAGAGUGACAAGGAUAUACAUAGUCUAAGGCAAGAAAUCGAGAUAUUGCGGAAGCUCAAGCAUCAGAAUAUAAUUGAAAUGCUCGACUCCUUUGAAAACGAACGAGAGUUCUGUGUUGUCACUGAGUUUGCCCAAGGUGAACUGUUUGAGAUUCUUGAGGAUGACAAGUGCCUUCCGGAAGAGCAAGUUCAAGCAAUCGCAAAGCAGUUGGUAACAGCAUUGCAUUACUUGCAUUCUAACCGUAUAAUUCACCGUGACAUGAAGCCACAAAACAUUCUUAUUGGUGCUGGGUCUGUCGUUAAGCUAUGUGAUUUUGGUUUUGCUCGAGCUAUGUCCACCAAUACCGUGGUUCUGCGAUCCAUUAAAGGCACUCCUCUGUACAUGGCGCCAGAGCUUGUGAGAGAACAGCCAUACAAUCACACUGCCGACUUGUGGUCUCUUGGUGUUAUAUUGUAUGAGUUAUAUGUAGGUCAACCUCCGUUCUACACCAAUUCUGUGUAUGCUCUCAUUCGUCACAUUGUUAAGGAUCCUGUCAAAUAUCCUGAUGAAAUGAGUCCUUAUUUCAAAAGCUUUUUGAAAGGAUUACUCAACAAGGUUCCCCAAAGUCGAUUAACCUGGCCUGCUCUCCUUGAACACCCUUUCGUUAAAGAAUCACAAGAGGAAGUUGAAGCCGGGGAAAUGCAUACUGCAGUAGUCGACCAUAAGGCAGCUUGGAUGCUCAAAGGAAAUGGAGGGCAGCAGAGAAAUGAAAAGGGCGACUCUGUGACCCCGGUUGAGAAAACUUCUGCUACAAGAGUUCUAGCUAACGUUCAGUCAGAUAUGAAGAGUGCAAUCAAAGUAAAUUCUCCACCACCUGAGGAUUUUCUUGGAUUCCCAACCCAAGAGGAGAUAAAAAGUUCAGGUAACGCAACACUAGACAGAUUGGAAAGUACAUCCCGCACUGUUAAAGGUGCAAAAGUUAUAGGUGAAGAUGAUAAAGCAUUGGAUCUUCUUUUGCUGUCACUGGAAACUAUUUCAAAAUCGCCUGAUUCUAAAAGGGAAAAAGAUGUUGCUUGCUCUGUUCAGUCCCUCAGGAUCAUUUCCAAUUUGGUUGCAGCUCGUGCCAUAGUUUCAGUUGGACUGAUUGAGAAAAUAACAUGUGCACUGCUAGAUUUUACUGACGCUCUUGUUUGGAUGAAAUCAUCCGAGUUCAACAACAUAAUACCAAAGAGUCUUUCAGUCACUAAAAACUUGGUAGGGCAUACUGAAGGCAAUAGCAUACAUAGUUCCUACAUCAGACACUGGACCAAAGUAGUGGAAAUUUUCGUACAGGUCGUUGGAUGGGAAGAAGAGGGGAAUGGUAGAAUUAUAUAUGAGGCAUGUUCCUGCAUCACAACGAUGUUAUCUCGAGUUGCUGAAGAUCUUAAAUCUUCAACUCCUGAUUCUGUUUCUGAACAGAUUUUAGAGCACGCUAACAUGUCUCGCAUAGUUGAUCAUUUGUGUCUUUGUUUGGCUUCUUCUGGGUCGAGUUUAGCUUCUGGCUCUUCACAAAUGUUAGCAGCUGCUUGUGAAGCUUGUAGAGCAAUAUGGAUUCUCAUAGAUACUUCCGAAACAUUCUUCAAGAACGAUUCUCUGAACAUAUUUCCUCUAGAUGCUUUGCAGAAUCGUCUUUCUCAGCAUGACAACGGAAAUAGUGAGUGGGGUCCGUUAUCUGAGAAACUUGUGGAUACAGUGACAAGAGCAUAUCUCCGAUCAAAGCAUGUGCAAGUUGCUAUUGGUCAUUGCCUUCACCAACGAGUGGAGGCUCCCUUGGUUUCUGCAAUUCAGCUCUUGUCAAGAUGCUGCCUUCACAAUGGAAUUAUGCCUAGCAUGCUUUGUGGUCUUCCCAGUUCACUGCCUAUUACGACCGUAGUCAGUGGUGGAGAGGAUGGUACAGUUAUUUCAGAAAUAUUUUCUAUACUAUCCUAUGCUUCAUUAUCAAGCAAAGACCAACAAACAGGAGAAAAAAAUUACAUCGAGGGCAGACUAAACAAUCUGGUGUUCCAUUCAUGCCUUCUGUUGGCAACAGUUGCUCAAUGUUUGAAGCUAACUGGGAGAAAUUCUGCCCUGUUAAUGCUUACAAAUUCUCCAAGGAAACAUCUACAUCGUCUUUCUGCUAUAUCCAACCACAUUGCCUCAGAUGAUAAAAUUGAAGCUUCUCUUCAGAAUCACUCUGCUUCAGCUAUGCUUGCUCUCGCAUCUAUUCUCUCUCUUGAAAAAGGAUCUUCUGCUGAAUCGUCUGUCUCCGAGAUUGCGGUGCCUCUGAUACCUCGAGCUACUAAGCUUUGCUAUCAUCUUAGGCCUAUGCCAAGUAAUGAAGGUGAAGUCGUCUCUCAUUCUGCUAAGUUUACCAGAUGGCACGGACUUCUGGAUGGAUGUAUCGGUUUAUUAGAAUCCAGAUUGAAGUGGGGAGGACCUUUAACUGUGCAACAGCUUAUUGCUAGUGGAACACCAUUGCUUCUUAUCAAUCUGUUAGCUGGCAAACUUUCAAAUGCUUCCCCAGAUGACAUCAAGAAAGCACCCAACUGGAUUGGCUUGUCGCCCGUUGGUGUUAUAUGGGCUAUUUCGUCCAUAUGCCACUGUCUUUCGGGUGGCACUUUAACUUUCCGUCAGGUUCUUGUGAAGAAUGAAAACAUGAAAAUGAUUACUUGUUUAUUAUCUGAUGCUCAUAUCAAGCUAGUAAAGACCUGGGGAGGUCCUGGGGGAGGAAAGGAUGGAGCUAGAGAGACAAUAAAUGUGAUAAUAGAUCUCCUAGCAUUUCCUUUUGUUGCUGUACAAAGUCAACCAGGUCCAUUAUCUGCCACUGCAUCUGUAAAUAGUGGAUUCAUUCUCAACAUGGGCUCUCCAGGUGUCAGAGUGUGCAUGGAAGAUAAAGAUUUGCUAAAGGCUAUAGAAGAGGAUAUGGACAAAUACAUAAAAGUCCUCAUGGAGGUGGGAGUGCCGAGUUUAAUCCUUCGUUGCUUGGAACACUUGGAUUUAAAAGAUUUAGUAAGGCCUGUUGCUUUUCUUGCCAAAUUGGUGGGUCGUCCACGUCUCGCAGUAGAGCUUGUUAGCAAAGGUUUGUUGGAUCCUAACAGAAUGAAAAAAUUACUCAACGGUUCGAGUCCAAGAGAAGUCAUACUUGAUAUUUUGAUGAUCAUAUCUGAUCUAUCGAGGAUGGAUAAGGGUUUCUAUAAAUACAUCGGCGAGGCUUCUGUUCUGCAGUCUUUAAAAGAAUUUCUUACUCAUUCAGAUCAAAAUAUACGCGCAAAAGCUUGUAGUGCUCUUGGUAACAUGUGCAGACACAAUGGAUAUUUCUACAGCUCUCUGGCUGAACACCAAAUCAUCGGCCUCCUCAUUGAUCGAUGUGCUGAUCCGGACAAAAGAACACAGAAAUUUGCUUGCUUUGCUGUAAAUUGCUCGGCUCUUGCCCUGAACCCGAGCAAGAAAGAGUCAGCAAGUGAGUCACCGCUUAAGAUUGCACUCUUCUCAUUGGCUAAAAUGUGUUCAAACCACCAGAUUUGCAGACAGUUCGUGAAGUCAUCAGAGUUGUUCCCGGUCAUUGCAAGGCUUAAACAAUCCCCCGAGGAUAACAUUGCUCACUAUGCUUCAGUAAUUGUUGCCAAAGUCGGUGGUGAUUCCUAAGAAAAGAUACUUUCCCGGUAAAUCUAUCGUGUUUACUUUUGUAUUUGUGGUCUAGUUUUUACGUUGAAAAUCGUUUAAGAAAAUGGGCCAAUGAUCUAAGCCGCAGUUAACCGCAACAAAUAACUUCUAUCGCUCUCUC